GCAUCUUCAAAGUGAAGCUCUGUGUGUGUGCGCUGUGCUCUCACGUUUAAAUCUCGCAAGCCUUAGUACUACCGAGAGGAAGCAGACAUGGCUCAAGAGGAUCAGGACAACGUCAGUGCGGAGGUAGACCUACAGGAAGCAACAGACAUGCUGGAGGUGCCAGAUGAUGCCCAAAACGCAGACAUGGCGGCGGACUCGUCGGUGGCAGGCACAGAGGACCAGACCAUCAAUGUGGAGAACUUCGGUACGUCCAUGGAAUUGCUACAAAUGACUCAAUCGGAACUCUUUGCGCUUGGCGCAUCCUUCGAGAAAUUGUUGGCAGCCUUGGGCGGGGACCGCGACCGCCUUGGGGAUGCGAUCUACGGGACCAAGACAUCAUCACUGGUAACCUUGAAGGACAGCUUCAUCACUCCGAGGGCUGUGCUGUCGUUGGCAUUAUUCAACGGCUUUCGCGUUCUGGGUCACAAAAGCCAAGACCCCGAGGAACUGCGACUCUUCGUAGAGACCUUGGCAUUCAAGCAUUUGGGAUUGGAUGUUCAACUGCAACGCGUGACCUCUGUCAUCGAUGGCUUCCUUGAACUUUGUGAGCAAAAUGUAAGAGGAGAGCUGCUGCCCGGCAGCGGACUGGCAUGGCGAAAGUUGCUGACCUACACGGGAAGUUGCUUCAGGUAUGUCAAUACAACCUCUGGCGAGCGUUUGAAGGUCAUUAAGGCAGAUUGGGAAACGAUUGCCAGUGCAGGGGAGCAAGAUACCGGCGAAAACCAUUCGUUCGCGGGAAUGUGCGCCUUCAGCAUGGGAAUCAUGGGCGAAGAAGCCGAAGGCGCAAGA